AAACUGCACGCGACGCGCCCAUGACUCCAUGUGUAUUGUGUAUACUUCCAAAAUAAAACCUGUCAUCUGACUGAAAAUUCAUUUAUCUUCGAAGAUUCGUUAUUUAUAUUUUAACUGCAGUCGAAAUGGAUUCCUACGUAAUGCAGAUUCGGCGAGUGUGGCUCAACCAGGACGGGGAAGCGUUGGCGGAUCUCUUGUCCCUGCGGCACAAUCAUGUUUUGGUACCUCAAAUUGGAUCGGAGACCGCCAUGAACAAGGCCAUGGAACACUUAUCCGCACCAUUAGACGACCUGGUACUUUGCCACUUGAAAGCCGUAUCCGCUAUGAACAAGAACGAGCCUUUGGUCAUGUACAAUUUUCAAAGUUCGGCCGUACAAUGUCUCGCGAAGAUUCUACAGAUGCAGAAGGAGGAAAACUGGAUGUUACCGGUGAUGAACGUGAUGUGCCUGGAACUGAGAUUAUCGGCGAUAGGCGCGGAAAAAUCCAAGAGCAGCAAGAACGUGAAACCCGGCGAGGUCCUGGAGAAGUGCGCCGAGUGCUUGAUGGCCUGUUUCCGGGUUUGCGCGGCUGACAGCAGAAGUUCGGAAGAGGACACGAAACGAUGGGGAAUGCUGGCCCUGAUCAAUCAGCUGCUAAAAGUGUAUUUCAGAAUUAACAAAUUGCAUCUGUGCAAACCGUUGAUACGGGCCAUAGAAUCAUCUCCUUUUAAGGACCACUUUGCGCUGGCGCAACAGAUCACGUACAAGUUUUUCGUCGGUCGGAAAGCGAUGUUCGACAGCGAUUACAAGAUCGCCGACGAGUAUCUGACUUAUGCGUUCGAGCAUUGUCACAUACAGUGUUCGAAAAAUAAGAGAUUGAUCUUGACUUAUCUGGUGCCUGUGAAGAUGCUGCUGGGAUACAUGCCCAAGCAGAGUCUCCUGGAGAAGUAUAAUUUAAUGGAAUUCUGGGAGCUCAAGGAAUCCGUGAGGAAAGGAGAUUUACGUUCCUUGGAAGGAGUGAUGGCGAAGCACGAAACCUUCUUCAUAGACGCGGGCAUAUAUCUGAUCGUGGAGAAGCUCAAACUGAUCGCAUACAGAAAUCUAUUCAAGAAAGUAUACCUGGCGCUGAACACGCAUCAGAUACCGGUGCUGAGCUUGCUCGUGGCGUUACAGAUGUACGGGAUGGAGGAUAUAGAUAUGGACGAGACGGAAUGCCUUCUCGCCAAUCUGAUAUACGAAGGCAAGAUUAAAGGCUACAUAUCUUAUCAACACAAGAAAUUGGUUAUAUCUAAACAGAAUCCUUUUCCACCAUUAUCCACCGUUGUAUCGUAAACGAUUACAAUUGUAAUCGCUGUAAUUUAUCUUCGCAAUAAAUGUAUUAUUAUUUUUUUA